AUAAUAAUAAUAAUAAAUAUUUAUGGCGUGAAAUUGCGCAGACUUUGCCCAAGGACAGUGAGGUGGUCGUUGGCUACUGGAGACAGUGUACGAGUUAACCCAUACACGAGUUGAUUAGGGAGGCAACUGAAUGGCAGGAGUGGCGAGUAAAAGCUGCUGUCUCUUUUCAUGAAACUAAAGAGGGGCUCAGGUUGCUGGUGCCGGGGUGACAUCAACCCAACCCAAAACAUCGGGGGCGCGGGCAGCCAAUGGGAGCGGAGCGUGAGCUGACAGUCAGUGUUGGCACAUUAAGAAGCAAAGUGACAGAAGUUGUAGAGAGGGAAGGGGUGACAGCGAGCAGAAGCGCAUCAGAGCAGUCACUCCCCCCACCCACCUACUAGACAGCACCUUCUCCCUCCCCAAUCCGGGUGCCACUGAAGCCGGACACAGACCACGAGGAGGGCUAAUUUGGGGGGAGACAGCACUGCUGCAGAACAUCACACGCGGACACAACUGGAGGAAUCCGAGCGCUGUCCGAGGUCCUGAAAGUGCCACCCCCGGCUCCUCAUGGGACAGCGCAUGAAACCCUCGGCCCGGCCGCUGCUGAGACUGAUCUGAGCCUCCCCUACUCCUGAUCCGAGCGACACAAUCGCUGCUACUUCUCUCCCUCCUCAUCGAUUUUCCCAUCAUCUGACAGUUAAGGCGCUGAUACCCCCUUAUCGAUCUCCACGUGUGCUUUUUGCCCCGAGGGACCUCAGCCGAGCACUUGACUGUUUCCACCCGAAACACGCGAGGCUGCCAGUGGGAAAGUUUGGUUAUUUCCUCUGAUGGGGACUCGGUGGCAGCUGUAAGGGACUAAAGCUCUUUUUGCCUCGUCCUUGGGUUUAGGGUCAGGGGAUCCAUGUCAUUGUGAGAGUCGAACAAGGCUUUGCCAUGGAAGGGUCUAACGGAUUUGGGAUUGACACGAUUCUGUCUCACAGAGUGGGGAGCCCAGGACUGGCUCAGGGGGACGCACUAAUGGGGGAGAGCAGGUCACCCCUGGAACUGAGCCCCAGCUGUGAAGUCAGCAGCGCCUGCUCUUCUUCUCCCCCAUCCCCGGCCAGGGACUGCUUAGAAGGGGUCGCCGGCAGGCAAGGGGUCGCCCUGUCCAUGGAAUCCCACCUGCAGUCCGGACUCCAGCUCUCUGCUCCCUCUCAGUCCAGAACGGUGACAUCUUCCUUUCUGAUCAGGGACAUUCUGGCCGACUGCAAGCCCUUGGCCACUUGUGCCCCUUACUCCAGCAACGGGCAACCGGCUGCUCACGACUUGGCCCACUGCUUGGCCAGCAAGGCUACCGACGACUUCAGGGACAAACUGGACAAGAGCAGCAGCUCCACCUCUUCAGAAUCCGAAUACAAAGGUAAAGUGAAAGAAGAAGGGGACCGGGAGAUCUCCAGUUCCAGGGACAGCCCCCCAAUGAGGCUGAAGAAGCCCCGGAAAGCCCGCACCGCAUUCUCAGACCAUCAGUUGGCGCAGCUGGAGAGGAGCUUUGAGCGCCAGAAGUAUCUGAGUGUGCAGGACAGGAUGGAACUGGCAGCCUCUCUCAACCUCACCGACACCCAAGUCAAGACCUGGUACCAGAACAGAAGGACAAAGUGGAAGAGGCAGACGGCUGUUGGACUUGAACUGUUGGCUGAGGCGGGAAAUUACUCCGCCCUCCAGAGGAUGUUUCCUUCCCCGUAUUUCUAUCCCCAAAGCCUGAUGUCCAAUUUGGAUCCAGGAGCUGCCUUGUAUCUUUAUCGAGGACCCACUGCACCACCUCCAGCAUUGCAGAGACCUCUGGUACCCAGGAUUCUCAUUCAUGGACUUCAAGGGGGAAGUGAACCCCCACCAGCACUGCCUCCUCUGACAGGGGUUCUACCCAGGGCAGCUCAACCACGAUGAACAAAGCUAACAUGCCCUCUACAACGUUUGCAGGUGCCAACAAUAUGGACUAGAGCACAGCACCAACGCAAAGGUGACCUCAGCUCCAGGAUGGACUGUACAUAAAAAGAGCUCGUUGGGAAAGGCAAACCCAACAAAGACUUUGUUCUAAAGUGACCUUCUAUCCUCUAGAGGAGACCAGUGGGAAACCUCUCCUGAGAAAAGGGAGAACAUUUUAUGUAUCCAAAUCUACUGUUUAUUUCUCAGAAACGGCAAACGCACAUUUGAAUGGGAUGUGAAAAACCAUCAUUUGGGUUCUAUGUCUACAGAGAAGCCUCAGUUGGGCCUUUUCAAUUCAAGUUUUCAUUGGAGGUCCAACCCUUCUACAGCUUAUCAAGGUUACUGAUCAUAGAUCCAAGAAUAUCUAGGGCAGCAAAGUUUUCACCCCAAACCUCACUCUAACUGGCCUUCAGGCUGGGCCCCCUUAGCUCAUAACAAGGUUACAGAUAUAUAGAAACAUUGGGGUCACCCUGCUAUAGUUCCAGGGGUACCCAGGGCACAAAUAAGCACUCACCCCAAAUCUCCCUCUAACUGGCCUUCAAGCUUUCUGAGAAAUAAGCAGGGGAGAGUUUUGUGAUAAUGGUGUUUAUAAUCCUUGUAUAAUAUCCAUGCCAAUCCAUCCCUAUUUAUACAGAUUGCCACUAAGCCAGCAAGUUUACUGUAUAUUAUAAUGAUCACUAUAAGCGACACUGGUGUAUAUAUCUAUAUAUAAAUAUAUAAAGAAGGAUAAUAUAUACAUUUAGAUAUAUGUGUCCUUAAAGCCGAGGCGUUGGAGCAAAGAUAUGCAAUGGAGGAGGGAGCUGGCUUCGCAUGUACAUUUCUUGGACCACAGAGGGUUAAAGGUUCUUGAAUUCUGAUGCUGUUAUGUAUGAGUUAAUUAUUUCCGCACCUUGUUUACCAAAUCCCUAAAGUCACAGCGGGGACCACCAUAGUCCCCUUUAAUGUGAAACCUGAAAUGUUUUAAGUUAGUCUGACAUUAGCUCCAUAUUUACAUAGGACAGCCCUGUAGACCCCAAAUUAGAAGUGGGUGGAGCUCCUGGCAGAUCGGGCAUUGUCCUGCUUUUUAAUAUUUGGUUGUUUGGAGAGAUUCCCUCCCCUACUAAGCUGGCAAUGAGGUUUAAAAGGAAUAUAGUAGAAAUUAAGAAUCAAAUUCCAGGUUGAUAGGGUCAGUGACCCCCUGGCAACCGAACAAAGUCCAAUAACGAUGAAUUUCUUGCGUCCCCCAAUAUAAAAGCAUAGAGCUUAUUCACUUGUCCGACUGAAGCGACAAUGUACUUUAUGUUAGUUGAUGCCUUGGAUCUGAAACCGCAGCCCUUACACAACUAGGGUUGCCACCUCAAAAAAUACAGGCAUUCCUAUAUAUUUAUCUUUUUUCCCUAUUUAUAACAUUGGGAUCAACCAUAAUUUUUACUGGCCAGGCCGGUAAAAUACCGACCAGGUGGCAACCCUAUAUACGCAGAUGGAAAUCCGGUGCCAUUCGCACUGAUUCUCUAUAGACGAAUGGCGGCUUAAGUGGGAAAAAGAACACAUUUUAACCCUUUAGUGCCAAACCAGCUUGCUCUGAAAUUUACGGAACUGAUGUGGAGACGAACCUCCCCUCCCCACAGAAAACAAACCGCUUCCUGCGGCAGGACGCAAGCCUUCGCUCCGAGGAAGUCAUACAAACUUUGUACUAAACCCUGUAAAUAGACGGAUAUAUUAUUUAUUUGUUUGAGAGGGGGAAAGGGACCUUCUUUUAUUUUAGGAAAUAUCUGGUUAAAGACGUUUAAAAAUAAUUUAAAAAAAAAAGCUACCCAAACAUAUUGUCUCUUUUUACCCCCGCUAUUACCUUUUCCACGUGCGACUUGUAAUAAAGACAUCAAAU